AUGUAUGGCAGCGAGAGCGGGGACGAGAGCAUCGACGAGGUCCGGCUGGUCGGGAAGGCCGAGCUGGAGCUGGAGCUGACGGCGGAGCAGGCUGAAGAGGUCAUCCACAAGCUGUCUGCGGCGAAUGCGCGGCUGACGACGGCGCUAGCGGCGGCCGAGGCUAAGGUGCGGAGGCUGCAGCGCGCGGUGCUGACUGUGGAGGUGCAGCAGUCCAAGUUCUGCAACGGCUCGUGCGCCGCUGCCCGCAAGGCCAAGUCCGAGGCGUCGACCCGGGUGGUGGCGGCGACGGCGAGGGCAGCCAACGCAGCGGUCGAUGCUGACGAAGACCGAAAGCUUGCUUUGCGGGCAGCGGCGCGGGCCAAGCGCGCGCACGCCGACGCGCUCGCCGCUAACCGUGGCCGGACGGCGCUGCUCCGCGACAUGGAGGAGAUGCGCCGCGACCUUGAGGCGUACCGUGUGCUCAACCGCCAGAUCAUUGCUCGCCAUGGCGAAGACGUCCUGCUGGGCGUGAUGGCAGAGAACGCGCUUGUCAAAGAGAACGAGGCCAAGCUCGAGCGGCGGAUUGAGAAGCUGUCCAAGGAGAUGGCCCAGAUCAAGCUGCUGCGCAACAAGGCGGUCAAGACGGCGAACCCCAGCCUGACACAGAACAUGAUCGACGACGCGGCAGCCGCCCCUAAGCUGCGGGAGCAGCUGAAGGCUGUGCAGCUGCGGAUGGUGAAGCUCGAACGGAUCAACGCCCGGCUCCGGGUCGAGCUCUCGGCGUUUGACCCUGAGUUUUUCCAGCAGCUCCAGGACCUGAAGACGACCCACGAGUCGGCGCUCGCUCUCCUGCACGACUACCGCCACUGGUUGCUCCUUGUCUCUCGCCGGCAUGGCAUCCAGUUUCCUAAGCACUUGCACCAACCUCUGCCGGGCUUUACUCUGUCAACAGUCUCGGACCGGCAGCCAACCAAGCGCCCACCACGCACAGUUCUUCGCGCGUGA